UUCCCCUUGAACCCUGAAUAAUGUCAGAAGAGCUAAGCAAUAGCUUAUCCCAGUUGGUCUUGAAGAAGGAAUGAGAGUUUGAAAUGGCCUCCAUGACCAAUAAGCCUAAAUCCGUCCAGAAAAUGAAAAUGGAGUCUCUAGUGAAGGCUUAUUCUCAUGCAAUAGAGUAUUACCAGUCUAUAGAGUCUGACCUAUUCGCUGAUAUGACUGUAAAGUUACAGCAAUUCUUGAUCAAACCAGAGACCCUCGCCCUCAUGGCUGAUGAAGAUGAAGAUUCAGAAGAAUUUGAGGAGGACAAACUUCUACAGCUUCCUGAACCUACAUUGGAGAAUAAUGUUAGUGACACAUCGCAGAUAUCUACUAAACUUCGGAGGUUUUGUAGAAUGCCAACUCCAAUGAAUAAUUCAAGGAAAGCUGCAGAUAUUAAACCAGAGAAUCCAACAAAGCCAAAGCCCUCAAGAGUUCCUGAGAGUAGGCAGAAAGACAAGAUCAAAGAGAGACCAGUCAAGGAAAUAGAAAAUACUCAAAGUAACAAUGAAACCAAGCGACAAAAAUUCUUAGCUGAACUGAGAGGUGGACCUGAGAAACCGGAUGAUGGAGAUGAUGCUAUUCAUCAUAAGAGAGAGGCUGGUAACAAGGCUAAAAGGAGCUUUAAAAGGGUCAAGAACUACCCAGCUACAAAGGGCGAAUCCUCCUAUGGUGGAGAAAUAUACAGACCAAAACUUCCUCCUAAACUUGCUGAUAAAUAAGGAAAAACAUCACCUCAUGCUUAACGAGAAUAGGAGAGCAUCGGAAAUUAUUAAGAAGCAAUCUAGCGAACUUGUACGUCAGAUUGAUAAUAAUGGGGAUAAUAUUGCCAAAGAUAUUGUUGAGGAUGAUAUUCAUGAACAAGAGCAAUCACUAAAAAUUAGGCUAUUGAAAAGGCAAAAUAACAAAACCAAGAAGCUUGCUAUCAAUAAUAGCUUCUCCUUCUGGAGCGAAUCUUCUAUUAGUAGAACUACAGAUGAUAAUUAG